GCUCCCUACCUUGACGCAGCGGGGCUCAGGUCGGUCCGCGAGCUGACGGCAAGAACCGGGAUCGAACUUACUUCUGUGACGUCACCAUGGCUGCUCAGGCUCUGGUUCUGUACGACUUCACAGCGGAGCCAGGAAACAACGAGCUGUCGGUGAGAGAGGGGGAGACCAUCACUGUGACAGACCAGACUGUGGGUGGAGGCUGGAUCCAGGCCCAGAACUCCAGCGGACAAACCGGCCUUGUACCUGAGGGAUAUUUACAGGUCAGAAACACUGGUGGUGUUGGAGGAGGCGGGGACCUGGGCUCGGGGGGCGGGGCUUUUGUCAGUCACACACAGGGAUGGGACAGUCGAGGAUACAAUCCCACACAGCACGCUGUUCAGGAUGAUGACGGCGAGUGGGACGACGAAUGGGAUGACCAGUCGGUGAGCAGUUACCAUGACAACAAUCAACCGGAAGGGGAGGCCGGAGCCUCAGGACGAAGCGCCCAUGGGCCCAGUGUUAAGAUCUCCCUCAAUAAGUUCUCGUUCUCCAAAGGUCCGAGUCCAGAAGUCUUCAUGUUAGCCCGACCUCCGGCUGACAGCAGAGAGAGACUUCCUGUCUACAUUGGAGAAGUAGGCCCCGUCUGGCUGUACCCGACGUCUCCUCUGGACUGUGUGAUUGCUGAUCCAAAGAAAGAGUCCAAAAUGUACGGACUGAAGAGCUUCAUCGAGUACCAGAUAACACCCAAUACGACCAACAGACCUGUCAAUCAUCGCUACAAGCACUUUGAUUGGCUGUACGAGCGUCUGCUGGAGAAGUUUGGGUCCAUACUGCCCAUCCCCUCACUGCCUGACAAACAGGUGACAGGCAGGUUUGAUGAUGACUUCAUUAGGAUGAGGAUGGAGGGUCUGCAGGCCUGGAUGACUCGGAUGUGUCGGCACCCAAUCGUCUCUCAGAGUGAAGUCUUUCAGCUCUUCCUCACCCACAGAGAUGAGAAGGAGUGGAAGGCGGGGAAGAGGAAGGCAGAGAAAGACGAGACGGUGGGUCCAAUGAUGUUCAGUUUGGUUGAACCUGAAGCUGCAGAGCUCGAUGUCGUCCAGGUUGAACAGAGGUGUGAACACUACAGCCGCUUUACAAAGUCCAUGGAUGACGGCGUCAGAGAGCUGCUGAACGUCGGGCACGCGCACUGGAAACGCUGCACCGGACCGCUUCCUAAAGAGUAUGAGCGCAUCGGCCAAGCCUUCAGAAACCUGUCAACUGUAUUCAUCACCAGCAAAUAUCCAGGUGAGGCGACGUUGACCGACGCUCUGACGGCUGCUGGAAAAACCUACGAGGAGAUCGCUGAGAUCGUCGCCCAGCAGCCUCAGAAGGACCUCCACUUCCUGUUGGAGACUAACAGCGAGUACAAAGGGCUGCUGGCGUGUUUCCCAGACAUCAUUUCUGUACACAAGGCUGCUGUAGAUAAAGUGAAGGAAGGCGAUCGUUUGGUUUCUGCAGGAAAAAUGAACAACAGCGACAGGAAGUGCAUGAACCAGCGGCUCAGCUGCAUGAGCUACGCCCUGCAGGCUGAGAUGAACCAUUUCCAUAGCAACCGUAUCUACGACUACAACCGAGUGAUGCAGCUUUACCUGGAGCAGCAGGUCACCUUCUACCAGCAGAUCGCAGAUAAGCUGAGAGAAGCUCUGAGUCAGUUCACCACGCUGUGAGGACGCCGCCGCCACCGUGUGAUGUCACAUGUGACAUCACAGCCUGAUUCACUGUUAACAAAAUAAAAGCCUCAUAAUCUUUAUAGUGUAAAUGUUGAUAUGAUAAUGAUUAAUGAUGAGUUUCCUUCUUUUUCUGCUUUAUUUAAAAACUUUUUAACAGCUGAUUUUACACGUUUAAUAAAACUUUC